AUGCGCCACGGCGUCGACAAAACGAUCAAGACGCUUUUUAAGCAAUUUACCAAGCCAACAUCCCGACAGCUCCGUGGAUCCCGAAACCCCAGAGCCGCAGGCAGCUUAUUUGCCAUCUUCAACGCUUUAACCAAUUGGGACAAGAUCAGAGAUCUUGUGGUGGAGGAAUUCACUGCUAUCAACCCUUUUAGGCAAGGCCACCCAGGUCUUGUCUUUGCCCUCCUGAAAUGGCUCAAAGCCAUCACACCCCUUGUUCACGAGGAUUUGCCCAACUUGUCUGGGGACAGACUCUCCCAAACCUGGAGAGCGAUGAAGGACUUAUGGAGGACCAUCGGAGCUGAAGGAGGGUGGGACGGACGAAGGGAAUGGUGGUGGUAG